UCAGUCAUCAACAACCAAUACGAAAAUGGCAGGGAUAAUUCACAAGAUCGAAGAGAAGUUGGGUAUGGGAGGCAAGAAGGAAGGUGAGAAGCACGAGGAGGUGAAGAACAGCGAACACGGCCACGGAUCUGGAGAUCACCACAAGGAAGGCCUUGUGGAUAAGAUCAAAGACAAGAUCCACGGAGGCCAAGGCGACGACGGCAAGAAGAAGAAGAAGCAGAAGAAGGACAAGAAGGAUAAGAAGAAGCACGGCGACGGCCAUGACAGCAGCGACAGCGAUUGAUUUCAUAUGAGAAGAAAAUAAAAGGGAGAAAGGAGUGUGCGCAUUGCAUUGACCUGGAUUGGAUGAUGCUGUACCGUAUUGCUUAAUUAUUGUAAUUUGGAAUUUUGAAUAUUAUUGUUAUUCUCUA